GUUUUCGUUAUCAUUCAUCAAAACAUUGAGCCAAUUCUUCACAACUUCCAAAAACGCCUCACCGUUUCAUUCUUCUACCAACCUACGCUCCGCUGUUUUCAAGACCUUUUCGUCUUCGUCGUCAAAUCUAGCUUUUUUCUUCAUCGCUUUGCAUAAUCCAUUCCUUCUUCUCUCUUCUCCAUCUCCUUCCUCCGAUCUUCGUCUCCAAUUCGGAAUCUUCCUAUCACAAUUUCAAGGCUCCUUUAACCCUUGAUCAUCACCGAUUCAAUCAAUUCGGAAUCACAAUUUCAAAUCGAGAGAAUUUCAAUUUCUCUUGUAAAACCCUAAAUUAUGUACAGCAAUUUCAAGGAACAAGCGAUCGAGUACGUGAAGCAAGCGGUUCAUGAAGACAAUGCUGGGAAUUACAAUAAAGCUUUCCCUCUAUACAUGAACGCGCUUGAGUACUUCAAAACUCAUCUCAAGUAUGAGAAGAACCCUAAGAUCAGAGAAGCUAUUACCCAGAAAUUCACCGAGUAUCUCCGUCGUGCUGAGGAGAUCCGUGCUGUUCUCGAUGAAGGUGGAUCGGGUCCAGGAUCUAACGGUGAUGCAGCCGUCGCAACGAGGCCCAAAACUAAGCCUAAAGAUGGAGAAGGUGGUGGUAAAGAUGGAGAAGAUCCUGAACAAUCAAAGCUUCGAGCUGGGUUAAACUCUGCGAUUGUUAGAGAGAAACCUAAUAUCAAGUGGUCAGAUGUUGCUGGGCUUGAAAGUGCUAAACAAGCUCUGCAGGAAGCUGUGAUUUUGCCUGUCAAGUUUCCACAGUUCUUCACUGGAAAGAGACGGCCUUGGAGAGCUUUUCUGUUGUAUGGGCCUCCUGGAACAGGAAAAUCGUAUUUGGCUAAGGCUGUUGCCACUGAAGCUGACUCUACCUUUUUUAGCGUGUCUUCAUCAGACCUUGUCUCGAAGUGGAUGGGUGAAAGUGAGAAGCUAGUAUCAAACCUUUUCGAGAUGGCCCGUGAAAGUGCUCCCUCGAUUAUUUUUGUUGAUGAGAUAGAUUCUUUGUGUGGUACACGUGGAGAAGGAAACGAGAGUGAAGCUUCAAGACGUAUCAAAACAGAGCUUCUAGUGCAGAUGCAGGGUGUUGGACACAAUGAUGAGAAAGUACUUGUACUUGCAGCAACCAAUACACCCUAUGCUCUUGAUCAGGCUAUCCGGCGACGUUUUGACAAGCGUAUCUAUAUUCCUCUCCCAGAGGCCAAGGCUCGGCAGCACAUGUUCAAAGUCCACUUGGGAGAUACACCUCAUAAUUUAACUGAACCUGAUUUUGAAUAUUUAGGCCAAAAGACAGAAGGGUUUUCUGGUUCAGAUGUGUCUGUUUGUGUAAAAGAUGUUCUGUUUGAACCUGUUCGUAAAACACAAGAUGCAAUGUUCUUUUUCAAGUCUCCUGAUGGUACAUGGAUGCCAUGUGGGCCUAGGCACCCUGGUGCCAUCCAGACUACAAUGCAAGAUCUAGCAACAAAAGGGCUUGCCGAAAAGAUUAUUCCACCACCAAUCACCAGAACAGAUUUCGAGAAGGUACUUGCAAGACAAAGGCCAACAGUGAGCAAGUCUGACCUUGAUGUCCACGAGAGAUUCACACAGGAGUUUGGAGAAGAAGGUUGAUAGAUUUGACAUUCCCAUCAAGCAUCUUUCACAAUCAUAUUAUUAUUAGUCUCUUCACCAUCUCCUUAUGUAUGUACUGAGAAGCAAAACAAAAUCUCAAACCCAUGUUUGAUUUCUUCCCAAAACAUUGAAUUUGCUUUAUUUCUCGAAUUGUGUAAAAAAAAAAUGUUCUGAACAAUGUUUUCUAUUUAUUAUGUCACCAAAAGUCUCCACAUGAGCAAACUCCAUCACUGCUAAAGUGAUGAAACCGAUUUGAAUCUCU